UUCAUGCUUUGCAAGUCUCGCGACAACAUACCUGAGCGUGUUUGCUGGCAGGAGACAGGAGUCACCUGAGGCUCGAGACCGGGGACAAGAGGAGAUUCGAGGAUGUCUUUGAACGAAGAGGGUUACGUGGUUAGGAUCAGAGGACUUCCCUGGUCCUGCACACAGGAAGAGGUUGCUGGUUUCUUCUCUGACUGUGACAUUGUGGGGAAGGUAAACGGAGUGUGUUUCACCUACUCCAAAGAAGGCCGCCCCAGUGGAGAGGCAUUUAUUGAGCUGAAAACAGCUGAGGAUUUCAAGAAUGCCCUUGCCAAAGACCGUAAAUACAUGGGGCACCGAUACAUCGAGGUGUUCAAGUCAAACCGUAGUGAGAUGGACUGGGUGCUGAAACGUAGCGGCCCUGCUGACUAUGAUAGCUGCAGUGGCUGCAUGCUGAGACUUAGAGGCCUGCCCUUUGGCUGCAGCAAGGAAGAGAUUGUUCAGUUCUUUUCAGGGUUGAGAAUCGUGCCAAAUGGGAUUACUCUGCCAGUGGACUACCAGGGGAGGAGCACAGGGGAAGCCUUCGUGCAGUUUGCCUCAAAGGAGAUAGCAGAAAAGGCUCUGGGGAAACACAAGGAAAGAAUAGGGCACAGGUAUAUAGAGAUUUUUAAGAGCAGUCGUAACGAAAUCAGAGCCUACUACGAGGUGCCCCGGCGGGGGAUGGGAGGCCAGAGACCAGGGCCGUACGAUAGACCCAUGAUGGCGGGACCCAGGGGAGGGUUUUUUGGGCCCGGGCCUGGCCGUGGUGCAGCUCUGAUGGACACCAUGAGGAGUGGAGGUGGCUACGGAGGAGGUUAUGGCAGCUUUGACAACUACAAUGGUUUCAACAACUACGGUUUUGGCAACGGCAUGUUUGAUGAGCGGGUGAGAGGAGAGAGGGGAGGAAGAGGGAUGGGAGGCCACGGUUACGGUGGUCAAAGUGAAAGUGGCUCAGGUUUCCACAGUGGCCAUUUUGUCCACAUGAGGGGUUUGCCUUUCCGUGCCACAGAGGGAGACAUCGCUAAAUUCUUCUCUCCAUUGAACCCACUGAGGGUCCACAUUGACGUGGCACCAAACGGCAAGUCGACUGGAGAGGCCGAUGUGGAGUUCCGCUCCCAUGAAGACGCUGUGGCAGCCAUGUCCAAAGACAAGAACCACAUGCAGCAUCGUUAUAUUGAGCUGUUUCUCAACUCAACAGCAAGUGGGGCAGCUGAAAUGAGUCGUGGCGGUGGGGGUUACUAUAGUAACUCAGGAGGGGGUGGAGGCUCACGGAGCAGCGGGCUGCGAGGUGCAUACUGAUGAUGUCAUCCCACUCUUCCAAUCCAUCCUGACGUUUGUCUCACUUUUCUUGAGGCCACAUUUACUCAAGUGUUUUUACGCAGGAGAGCUGAUCUGAAGUCAAUUUAUUGCAGGGUCAAACUAUAACCUCAGAUACGAUAACAGACAAGAUAUAAACUUUACAUGUUCUAUCGUUCCUAAAAGCACAUGAAGAACAAAUCAAAUCUGACAAAAGUAAAAUGUUGGAGCUCUUAUGGGCACAUCAUCACUGAUGGAAACUUCUAGUUUAUAUGUUUUAAAACGUUUUCUUAUAUUUUUUAAACAAUCAGAUAUCGUUUAACAGUUGGAUAUCGAGAUAUAGUUUGUCCUGAUUCACACCAAUACAAGUUUAUGCCCUAUAAAUAUCAAAAUUUGUAUUGUUGCAAAGUGUUGGAGAUCCAUUUGAGAGAAGUCAGAGCAUCUGUUUAUCUUGCAGAGUUUUGAAAAGAUUGAACAGGCAGAAAGUGAAUGUUAAAGUUUUUACUGCCCCUUUAUUCAUCUUAUCUCACUGUACUGCAGCUGAUGUCAGUCAGUACAGACACAGCAGGGAGACAAAACUUUGCUGGACACGGAUUAGGACCACAAUACCCCAAAACAAAUGUGUGUUGAUUGGCGCUGUGCUGUCGGGACCUGUUCUGGUCUCAUCUUGUCACUUGAUGAUAACGCUGCUUUGAUUUGGAUGAUGUGUUUAUGAGGUGAAGCGGUGACAAUCGGCAGCGUCAAAACAAUACAAGCAACUUUUGGUGAAAAAUUAAUUUUUAAUCUUUUAUUAAAACAUGAGGAACAUUAAAUCUAUUCUGGUUUAACUUGUUUUCAUCAGAUCUUUUAGCCGUCCUGCCACACUGAUUUGAAUGUGAUUUUAGAUCAGCUUUGCUCUUUGAAAAGUUUGAUAAAUGUGAGCCAAUGUGUGUUUUUUAUGAAUGUUUUCACAGUUCAUUACAGAAUUUAAAAGUAAGUUGAAUAUUAUAUUCCACUCUCAAAGAGUGGAAGUAAAAUUGAGUCUCUAUAUUUGAGCUGUAAAAUAGCUUAUGCAGCUGUUGUACAUUUUGCCUAAUAAAUUUUAUAUUUAAUUCUC